AUGCGGCUCUAUAUCACUUGUGUGAUCAUUGCCAUCCUGGCUGCAGUGGUUACUACAAGCCCUACGCCACACGCCUUGGAUGAGGUUGACGUCCUAGCCAACGAUGCACUAGCUAACCUGAUUGCCUAUGAACGGUCACACGGAGACUCGAACAAAAUAUGUACCCUUCAAAAUGCCACGUUCCGGCGAGAAUGGGGAUCUCUCAGUUUAAUGGAGAGAAAAAAGUACACCGAUGCAAUGCUAUGCCUAAUGUCCGAACCACCAAAGCUUGCAUCCAAAGACGCACCAGGUAUCCGCAACCGAUUCGACGAUUUUGUAUCUGUUCAUAUAAGGCAGACUCCAACUAUCCACGCCACAGGCAACUUCCUAACAUGGCACUGCUACUACACCUGGAUAUUCGAACAAGCACUAUCAAAACUGAAGAUAUCUGCAAAUUACUUGGGAUGCCCAUUUCUACACGCACCGUUGCACGCAUGUUAA